CGCCCGGCCGCCGUGUCGAAUGGCGACGGAAUGCUUUGAUGUUUGUGGCAGUGGCAUUCGCCUGAUCACCAGCAAGUGGAUGGGUGGAUCAGUGAGCCGAGAUGAUAGCACCAGGUCUACCUUGGUGGAUGAGAAGAGCAAGUGGAUCGACACCGCCGAGGUGAUCGAAAAGAAGGGGAAGAUCCCUGUGACUGGACGCUACUGCACCAACAGGCUUCUGCAAGACGACUACCAGCUUGCUUCCAAGGUGCUGGGCUCUGGCAUGAGUGGCCCAGUGCAACUGGCAACGAGCAAAGGGGGAGAUGGCGAGAAGUGUGCUGUGAAAAGCUUCAAAAAGCACGGACUUUCAGACAAGCGCCGUGGUGACCUCAAAAACGAGGUGGGCUUCACAUGUGGGAUGCUGGCACCGAAAGGGACCCAGAACUGGUCCGCCAUGGCAGGCAGGGCCUCCCUGGCUGGCACCUGUGAAUUUGACUUUCAACCUGUGAGUCCCACGACGUUACCAGGACUGCAUGGGAAGGAGGCCAUGUUCGGCGAGAAGCGUAUGAGCGUGCAAAGAGAGCAGCUGGCGGGGAAGCUCUCGCGCUCGUGCCGCAUCAAUGAGGGCAGGGCGUCGCUUCUGGCUAGUACCGCUGUCACAGGUGAAACCACUUAUCGCUUUAGACACAAAGGUUCACCCGCCAUCUCACAUUCAGUUGCGGACCGCAACGAGGUGGUCGAGAAGAACAGCAAGGCCAUCCAGCACUCCUGCGUGGUGGGAACCCCUCGUGACAAGACCAGGCGUGUCUCAGAGAUUGCGAAUACGAAGGCUGCAUUCGCCUGA